GUCCCCUCCACCCGACCUGUCAAAACCACGCCUACGAAGCCACACAAUUGGUCCAAAAGCGUCAAGUAGCCAAUCAACAGGGAUCAGCUCCUUGCAACACACAACACAUCCAUACAAUCUGGAACCUACAGAGCACAGAAGCGCAGGGUAUUUCUUGGUGCUGAGAUCUCGCCUUCUCUCUGCCUUCAACUGGAGUCCUUCUUUCUCUUAUUUCUCUUUUUUGAAGUGUGUGUGUGUGAGAAAAAGAGAGAAAGAAAGUGUGUCUGUACGUGCGUGUGUCUGUGUGGAAAAGGGGGAGAGAAAUGAAUUGUUCUGCGCAAACGAUCAAUCUCAAUACGUAUCCACCGAAGCAAGACUGAAGCCUGUGAGAGAUUUCUAAAUCAUUUUUUAAGGAAUACCGACAUAUUCGAGACAAACGUAACAUCAAAAUUACGUUGUUUCUGUACAUUUUUACGCACAGCCGACCAGCAAGACGACAGCGUAAAAAAUACAGAGAACAAGCAACGCGUUAACCCUUGAAAAAGCAAGCCAUCUACAGCACUCGAGAAGAUAAAAGGAAUCAUAUUUCUAAAGUUUUCAUGGCAGACAUUUGGAUGGAAUUUCAGAAGCGGCAAUAAAGAGAAUUCCCGCUGUUCCAAAUCAGUUCUUGCUGGGAUGCAUCUUCUAGUUCUGAUACGAUAGUAAAGAAAAGUCGAAACUUCAUGACUAAGAAAUGCGCAGCUAAAACAUUUUCCCUCUUCUGAACAAAAGUGAACCACCAUAACACAUAACUGGAAAUCCUGUGGUAAAGUAGGUGAGCUUACCGAUGAGAGAUCCAGUUGUACCAGGAACGAGUAUGGCAUACCACCCGUUUUUACCUCACCGGGCUCCGGACUUUGCCAUGAGUGCGAUGUUGGGACACCAGCCUCCCUUCUUCCCGGCGCUGGCUCUCCCUCCCAACGGUGCUCUGUCUCUGCCGGGAGCUCUGGGGAAGCCCAUCAUGGAUCAGCUGGUUGGCGCCGCGGAGACCGGCCUCCACUUCUCCUCGAUAGGUCACCAGGCAGCCGCUGCCCAUCUCCGGCCUCUUAAAACAUUGGAACCCGAAGAAGAAGUGGAAGACGAUCCCAAAGUUCACCUGGAAGCCAAGGAACUUUGGGAGCAGUUCCACAAGCGCGGCACUGAAAUGGUCAUCACGAAAUCUGGAAGGCGAAUGUUUCCCCCGUUCAAAGUGAGAUGCACCGGCUUGGAUAAAAAAGCCAAAUACAUUUUGUUGAUGGAUAUUGUAGCAGCCGACGACUGCAGGUACAAAUUCCACAACUCUCGCUGGAUGGUCGCGGGAAAGGCCGACCCCGAGAUGCCGAAGAGAAUGUAUAUCCACCCGGACAGCCCGGCCACUGGCGAGCAGUGGAUGUCAAAAGUCGUCAAUUUUCACAAACUUAAACUGACUAACAACAUCUCCGACAAACAUGGAUUUACAAUUCUGAACUCCAUGCACAAAUACCAGCCCAGGUUUCACAUCGUCAGAGCCAACGAUAUUUUAAAGCUUCCUUAUAGCACUUUCAGGACUUACGUCUUUCCUGAAACAGAGUUCAUUGCUGUAACAGCCUACCAAAAUGAUAAGAUCACGCAGUUAAAAAUCGAUAAUAAUCCGUUUGCCAAAGGAUUCCGGGACACCGGUAACGGCAGGAGAGAAAAGAGGAAACAGUUGGCUUUGCAAUCCAUGAGGUCUUACGAGGAACAGAAGAAAGACACCGGAACAUCAGACGAAUCCUCCGGCGAACAGGCGGCGUUCAAGCGCUUCGGACAGGCCUUAUCACCCGCGGUGUCAGCGGUCGGUCCUUCCAACCUCAAAAACGCCUGCGAGAGCGAUGAAGACAGCGACGAAGAGAGCAAAGAUGAAAAUCCACAGGACGGGCAGGAAUCCAAUAAAAUUUCUACGACCACUGAGGAGGGAAAGGACACUGACAGAAGCCCCACUAAAGCCCACCUGUUUGCUAGCAGUGACUCCGCAAGCAGGGCUAGGACCGAAGACCCAGCACGGACCGACAAAAGCCCGGCGGACUCCAGGCAAAGCCCAGUCACUAUUAUCUCCAGCACCACAAGAUCGUUAAGUGGCGAAGACCUGAAGCCCUCAAUACGUGACCCAUCCAAACAGGACGAGUGCAGGCCUAUGAGCAAAGAGAAUUACGUGCCCUUGACUGUUCAAACGGACAGCAGCGCUCACAUGAGCCAGGGUCAUUUACAUAAUUUUGGAUUUCCACCUGGUCUGGCAGGACAGCAGUUUUUCAACCCCCUGGGUGGGGCUCAUCCUUUUCUUUUACACCCCAGUCAGUUUAACAUGGGAGGCGCCUUCUCCAAUAUGGCGGCGGCAGGCAUGGGUCCUUUGCUGGCUGCCGUGUCUUCUGCGGGGGUUAGCACCAUGGACACGGCCAGCAUCGCCUCCCCGCAAGGGCUCACGGGAGCGUCGGGCCUGCCCUUUCACCUACAGCAGCACGUGCUAGCAUCGCAGGGCCUGGCGAUGUCUCCCUUUGGAAGCCUUUUCCCCUAUCCUUACACCUAUAUGGCGGCUGCUGCCGCCGCCUCCUCCGCCGCUGCCUCUUCCUCCGUGCAUCGCCACCCGUUUCUGAACGCGGUGCGCCCGCGUCUCCGGUACAGCCCCUAUUCGAUCCCCAUGAGUAUACCGGACAGCAGUACUUUGCUGACUACAGCUCUCCCUACUAUGUCCAACAGCGCCAUCGAGAUCAAAGCCAACAGUAUGGCAACAAGUCCAGUUUCGGCCACCAUGGACUCUACUUCGGAGGUGAAUGGUAGAUCCUCCACGAUAUCUUCAGGCUCAGUCUCUCUGUCCCCAAAAACGUGUCCUGAGAAGGAUUCCACCAACGAACUGCAAAGCAUUCAACGCUUGGUCAGCGGACUAGACUCGAAACAAGACAGGGCAAGAAGUGUCUCACCUUAGCGAAAGAAAAUAAUAAUAAUAAUAAUAAUAAACGUACAUUUCUAGCUAAUGCGGGUUUGUUUUUGCAAAUCUAUCCAACUGUUGUUGUUUUUUUCAAUGCACUUUGUUAGAAGAAAACGUAAAAGUAUAUUUCUUGUGUUAACAGAAAACACAGACUUUGAUUUUUUUCCCCCUGUAUUUUUGACUACCACAUAAGUAUUGGAACGAAAAAGGUUUAGUAAGAAUUCUGAUAAUCAAUCGAUAAAGUUGCUGCUACGCCAUAUCUAUAUUUUACAUGUCGGAUGCUGGGAGAACGAAAUAAAAAAAAUGUCGCUAAAUUGGUUAGGAUGGUUUGUAAACCUGUUUCUGGUAUAACUUGUAAAGUGCUGUGUUUGAUAGGAAAAAUGACAAAUGUAUAUGAGAAUGAUUAUGUCCGGAACAAAAGAAAGGCUUUGCAUGUCCUACAUGACCAUGUCUCGUUUGCUGAUUGCCACUGAUUUAUUUUAAGGCGACAAAAAAGAAAAUAUAUUAUAUGUUGGUGUAGGCCUCCCCUCUCCAAACAGAUUUGCAAGACAGUUUUUAGAAUACCCUUUUACUUUCCCCGUGCAUUUGAAUACACAGUGAUUUUGUAUGUAACCGAAAAUAGAAUCCGAAAAGAGAAAUUAAAACGGGAAGCUUGGACUAUAAAUAUAUUAAAAAAUAUUUAUGUAAUUAUUUGAUAUUUCUUGUAAAUAUAGGCUACCGGAUUAGAGUUCUCAAGAAUCUGCCCUUAAUUUAUUGGCGUUGUACAUAUUUUUUGUAAAUAUAGUCUGCCAGUUGGUUUGAUCGUUUCCGUCUUUUCAGUCAGGAUGGAGAAACCUGUCCAGGAUCUCCGCCAUCCCACCUUUUUAGCUGUCUGUAUAGUUGACUGCAAAGACAAUGAUGUGUCAUCGUAGUUUUUCCCAUGGUCUCUGUGUUAAGAUUGCUACUGUUCAGAAUAAUUACAAGUGACAACAGCGCACCAGUGGCUUCAAACGUGUUGAAGAUUUCCUUUAGAAAUUUUGUUUGUGUGUCAAAACGAAUGGAUUAAAAAAAAUCCGUUUUGCAGCUUGAAAGUAAAAGUGCCGAAACUUUAUUACAAUAUGAUGAAGGUUUAAUUUGUGUUUCUAAAGUUGUCAUUGGAUUUCUGUAGUUUAAAGAUUUUUGUUUUGUUAACAAAUGUUUCCUGAAAGUUUCAAUAAAAUAUUGAAUUGCACCACAACUUGUGCUGAUUUGCCCUGCGACAUCUCAGAACUUGGUGUAA